CGCGUGCGCGGUGCCGCAGUCUGUGGGUUGGCUGGUGAUUUUGCAAGCGGGAGGGGCCCUGCGCGCUCCUGCCUCCGGCCUGUGUCCCCCACCCCCCUUCCGUCGUCCCGGUCUCUCCUUCAGAAAGAUGUCGGACACUGCCGUAGCCGACACUCGGCGCCUUAACUCGAAGCCACAGGACCUGACCGAUGCUUACGGGCCGCCAAGUAACUUCCUGGAGAUCGACAUCUUUAAUCCGCAGACGGUGGGCGUGGGCCGCGCGCGCUUCACCACCUAUGAGGUUCGCAUGCGGACAAACCUACCUAUCUUCAAGCUGAAGGAGUCCUGUGUACGGCGGCGCUACAGUGACUUUGAAUGGCUAAAAAAUGAGCUGGAACGAGAUAGUAAGAUUGUAGUACCACCACUGCCUGGGAAAGCCUUAAAGCGGCAGCUCCCUUUUCGAGGAGAUGAAGGGAUCUUUGAGGAAUCCUUCAUUGAAGAAAGGAGGCAGGGCCUCGAACAAUUUAUUAACAAAAUUGCGGGGCACCCACUGGCUCAGAACGAACGCUGCCUACAUAUGUUCCUGCAGGAGGAGGCAAUUGACAGGAAUUACGUCCCUGGGAAGGUGCGCCAGUAGGAGCCCCUUUCACCACUUGCCCUCUACUUUCCUGCUGAAAUGACAUUGGUUUUUACACUAAGCCUCUCUGUCUUUCUUUGAUCUGAAGUUGGCUGCCCAUCCCCUGGCCUGAUAGACUGUCUGGCAUUGUGUUCCUUGGUCCCUCGCUACACCACGGGCACUCUGCUAGAACCUCUUCUCUGAGGAGAGGUGGGAAACCACAGGCAGAUGCCCUUUGCUUGGGGUUGGGGGUGGGUGGGAGGAUUGGACUGGAAGGCAAUUUCUUGGGCAUUUACCCACGCCAGAAGGCUAAUCUCGGGGGCAGGGGUCUUGUGCUGGAGAGGCAUUAGGCUACAUACUGAUGCUGCAAGCCCAGGGGAUUUUUCUUACUCUUAGGCUUAACCAGAAAUGAUGAGCGGGAAAACCCUGCUUUUCCUACAUGCAUGAAUUUUUUGUUUUUUGCGAAGGUGGUAGAGAUCCAAAAGCUGUCCUUUUUUUCUUCAGGCCUGCUCCCAGUCUCCCCCCCCCCCAGUUUCUUUUGUUACUUUCUCUCCCCCUUGUUGCUUUUCAUGGCAGUAAUCCUCCUAGAAUUUAAGCAGUUGUGUGGAGCAAGGUAUGUGGAUUUUCUGGGCUCAUUGUCAUGGCUGCUUCAGAGUUAGAAGAAAGCCAUAGAGCAGUAGGGGAGUCCCUGUUGGUUAGCCCCUCUCUUUUGUGGUUCCCCACUCUGGCUACCUGUUCUUGCCAAUUGGCAGGCGAGUCAUUAUGGGCCAGCAGUCCCCCUUCCCACGCCCCGCUACUUUAUGGGUUAAGCUUUGCAGUUUUGGUGGCUUGAGAGGUGGGGGCAACUCACCACUAUCAGGUAACUCCCUGAAGGUAGGAGUGGAUCAUUUUCUAGGUAUUUUCUGGUGGUAAGGAAGAGCAUCACCACUCUCUUCCUUCCAUUCCCUCCUCCAUCCCCAUCUCAUUUAGUGCUGCCAGAGGGCAGAAGCACAUGAACAAAUCACUCAUUCUCUGACUUCUCCUAAGCACUUUGAGCUGUUGAAUGAGGCUCAGGGAACGAGUUGUUGCUGCCCUCCACAGCUUGGUCACAGGGUUAUUGAACUGCCUGCACUCACUUUUCCGUAGAACUCCAAAGUUCUUCCCAGAAGUUGAGCUAGGGAUAGCAGUUGGGUAUGAAUUUCCCAAAUCUGAGAUUCCGACACACCUUUUUGAGACUGGCAACUUUCCUGGUCUUCUAUCCAGGAGGUAGUAGUUUGUUUUCUGAGGCUUGUGUCUAUCCCAAAGGGUAGGAUGGGAGCAAGUUAACUCUGGUGUCAGGUCAAAAGUGGAGGCUCUUUGCUUAGACUCCCUAUCAUGGAAGGAUUGGAGUUCUCCGAACAGUCUUGGGAAAAGGAUUACAGAAUCUGACAAGAUUAUAAUCAGAGAGAUUAGGAUUGGAUUUUGACAUGGGAUUUGGAGUCCAUCUAAAUGUAGAAGUUCCCUGUGAUAGAUCAGCUCUAAGCUGCUGAGCCUAUACCAGGGCUGUGCAGCCCCUACCGAGAGGCUCUGCUCCCUUUCCCACCUCUCCAUUAUUGGUGUUGUUGCUGCCUUUUGAUUUAUAUCCUCUGUUAUUGAUUUUAAAAAAAGAUUCCUUCUUUCAUCGUGCACAAGUGCUGAGAGCCUGAGGCCCCAUUUCUGCUGUGUAUAUAUCCUGACUCGGGGCUUUUAUUCAGCAAACUGUUCAUUCUUCUGUCAAUGUCAUAUUCAACUCUGUUCAUAUUAAACCACUGUGAAGCAAA